AUGACAAAUUUUAUUAUAAAUCAAAGUAAACAAAGCUUAAUAUUAACAACAUCAAUAUUAGGAUGUGCAGUUGGAUUAGGUUAUUAUUUAACAAAUUAUUAUAAACAAUCUGAUGAAUGGAAACAAGAAAAUUUUUAUAAAAAAUCAAUUCAAACUCAUAUUAUAAAUAAAAUUAAUGAAAAUAGUAAUAAUGAUAAUAAUAAUAAUAAUAAUAAAGUGAUCAAUAUAAUCAUUACCUAUAGUUUAAAUAUACCAAUUGAUGUUGUAAAAAGAACAGCAAAAUACAUUUACAAUAAUAUCAAUAAUGAAAACUUAAAAGUCAAUUUAUUUUCAAUUGAAUAUUCAGAGAUUGAACAUUUUAAUGACUUGAAAGAGAAAUCAAAAUUUGAUGCCAUCAUAGCAAUUGAUGAAUCAAGUAACUCAUCAGUCAAUAAUCAAUCCUCUCUUUCAAAUUCAAACCUUAAAAAAUUUAAUAAAAUCUCUGUAUUAUUAAAACCAUCUUCUCCUUUCUUAACUUUUUAUUAUCAAAAACAACAAAUACAACAAUCUAAAAUAGAAGAAUCAUUUAUUGAAAAUGAAAUUGUUAGAUGGAAUUCAAAUAAUAUUUUUGAAAAUAAAAUGUUUUAUGAAUUGUGUGGUUUUAAUGUUGAAUCAAUCACAGAUGAAACUCUAUCGAAAUCUUCAUUAUGUUUAGUUGUUUCAAAAUCACCUGAUUGGUUAAUAAACAGUAGAGAUAACCUUUCUCUCUAA